AUGAAGAAGGGUGCCCCUUUCGAGUGGGACGGAGCAUGUACUAAUGCCUUCGAGAAUAUCAAGUCAUAUUUAAUGAAGCCUCCAGUUCUAGUAGCCCCUGUACCUGGAAAACCAUUGAUACUGUACAUUUCAGCACAAGAAAGGUCGGUUGGAGCGUUAUUGGCCCAAGAGAAUAGCGAAGGGAAAGAAAAUUCUCUUUACUACUUGAGCAGAAUGAUGACACCUAAUGAGCUGAAUUACACGCCAAUCGAAAAGUUAUGUUUGGCACUAGUCUUCUCGAUUCAAAAGCUGAAGCACUACUUUCAAGCUCAUAGUGUUAACCUCAUUUCCAGAGCAAAUCCCAUCAAGUUUGUGAUGUCAAAACUAGUCCUCAGUGAUCGACUAGCAAGGUGGUACCUCCAGUUUCAACAAUUUGAAAUUACAUACAUCCCUCAAAAGGCUGUAAAAGGACAGGCAUUGGCAGACUUUCUAGCAGAUCACCCGAUACCUGAUGACUGGGAGCUAACCGAUGAACUUCCCGACGAAAAUGCAAUGGUCGUUGAAAUUCAACCUCCGUGGAAAAUGUACUUUAAUGGUGCUGCACAACGUGAUGGAGCUGGUGCUGGUGCUGGUGUGGUGUUUGUUACUCCACAGGGAGAAGUUCUACCAUACUCCUUUACUUUGACACAACGUUGCUCCAACAAUGUCGCUGAAUAUCAAGCACUAAUACUUGGACUUGAAAUGGCCGUCGACAUGAAGCAGUUGCAGUUACAAGUCUUUGGUGACUCUCAGUUGGUGAUCAAUCAACUCUUGGGAAGCUACGAAGUCAAGAAGCCUGAAUUAGUCCCCUAUCAUGGUUAUGCUCAGAAAUUGAUAGGAUGGCUUGGUGAUGUGACUCUUCAGCAUGUUCCUAGGAGGGAAAAUAAGAAAGCCGAUGCUUUAGCUGCUCUAGCUUCAGCGCUUACUCUACCAGAUCAAACACAAGUGACUAUCUGUCAAAAAUGGGUAGUACCUCCGUCAAAUGAGGAUGAAGGCGCGGAAAGUGAGCUUGAGCAUCUCGUAGCUGUUUCUGAAGCUGCAAAGGAAGACUGGCGACAAUCCAUCGCUGACUACUUAAUUUAUGGGAUACUGCCAGAAGACUUAAGAAAAAGAACUGAGAUUCGUCGUCGUGCACCUCGAUUCCUUUACUACAAGGAUACCUUAUAUAGAAGAUAUUUUGAGGGGAUACUCUUGCGAUGUUUGGGGGAGGAUGAAGCAGUCCAAGCUUUGCAAGAAGCAUAUUCAGGAGUAUGUGGAUCACAUCAAUCUGGACCAAAGCUCCACUUCCACAUAAAAAGGAUGGGAUAUUAUUGGCCAACGAUGGUGAAAGAUUGCUUGGACUAUGCUCAAAGAUGCAAAGCUUGUCAGUUUCAUGCGAAUUUUAUACACCAGCCGCCCGAAGCAUUACACCCGACCGUCGCAUCUUGGCCAUUUGACGCUUGGGGGUUGGAUGUCGUUGGCCCGUUGCCGAAAUCUGCUGGUGGACACUUCUCAAAAUGGGCCGAAGCUGUCGCUCUUAAAGAAGUGAAGAAGGAGAAUGUUGCGAACUUCAUCCGAGUAAACAUCAUCUACCGCUUCGGCAUUCCUCGUUACAUAAUAACGGACAAUGGCAAGCCAUUUGAUAACAAAUUGAUGAACAAGAUUUGUGAUCUCUUCGGCUUCAAGCAGUGUAAAUCUUCUAUGUAUCAUGCUGCCGCCAACGAUCUAGCUCAAGCGUUCAAUAAGACUUUGUGUAACUUGUUGAAGAAGGUCGUCUCCAAGUCCAAACGAGAUUGGCAUGAACGAAUGGAAGAAGCUUUGUGGGCAUAUAGGACGACUUACCUCACACCAACGCAAGCAACCCCAUACUCGCUUGCUUAUGGAGUUGAAGCAGUCCUACCACUUGAGCGCCAAAUACCUUCUUUACGACUUGCUAUUCAAGAAUGGCUCACCGAAGAGGAAAAUGCUCGAUUGCGUAUUGCAGACUCGUGA